UACAGUCAAUGUGUUAUACCAAACAAGACAAGAACGUUUCUGGGCUUUGUUUGUGCAAUCAGUUGGGAUUUUGCAAAUUAUUGAAGACGCGGGAUGUAACAUGCCGAGUCUCAAGUUUGCAUGAUCAAGUAUGUCUUGCCGACUCUAGAGAGAGCUAGCGAGCGUGAUUUAUUUUCUGUUUUGCGAGCGUGUUCAGCCGAAACCCGCGGAUGUACAGUAGCUAGGGUGAACCAUUGUACUUCAUUUCGACAGCUGGGUAGGUCUAGAUGGUGGGGGAUUUCGGUCUGCCCACUCGCCAAUGCGUGAAUGAACCUGUCUGAUAAAGGUUCAAAUUAUCUUCCUGACUCCGAUGCGAGGAUGUUACGCUUAGUUUUAAUGGCUGCUCGAAACAAACCUGGGUAACAGACUGGAAUAACAAGGACAAUCGCCAAAGGACGUGCUCUGUUUGAUCAAGAAGAAAGGGAAAGGAGACUAUGGAGGCAUUUCGUGCGGUGCCCGCCAGCGCUGAAUAUCUCCGUGCAUUGAAGAUGUUGCCUGUGUGCUGCCGUGCCGUUUAGCCAGGAGGAUAGUGGAUAGCCUGCUAAGAAGUAAAAGCAUAUCUAAGAAUUUAGCCUCGAGAAUCGCUGCUGGUUGCAUUACCUUUUUGCAAUAUAUUAUCUGGAUAGCUUGCAAGCUACCAUGCCAGCUGUCUGGGUAAGGUGUCUGUUUUGAAAUAAUGGUCAACAACAACUCAAGGGCUAAUAUAACAAAUCAGAUUAAGAAAGUUUCGCUUUAAGUAACAUUGGCUGGACAAGGAGAUGUGACAAAUGACUACUUAAUACGAUUUGGCUAAUAUUUGUAUUCCAUGGUUUGUGAGAGGAGUGCAACAAUGGAAGAAUUAUUUAAACAAAGAAGAGGUCAAUUUGUGCUGUGGAUUCCCUGACAUAUUGUUUAUAACAUAUUAUACGUAUCUAACUGGCGCAUUAGCUACCGUUAACAUUAACUAGCUACACGAUGAAUAUUGUAUACUGCUCAGUAUAGCUAAGUAGGCAGCAGUCGUCCGAAAUACCACUGAUUCACGAGAAUGAGUAUAGCCUAUUGUCUUUGGCAAUAAAGUCGUUACAUCCAAGUAAUUCGUCAUAUAUGCGUCGUCCAAUAAGUUGUUGGCUAGCUCAUUAUUAGUAACUAACUGCUGUUUUGUGAUCGAUCAUUUUUUGUGGGCUUAAAGUUUGAGCCGUGUAGUUCAUUCCACAAGGACUUUCAUACAACGUCGGUUAUCUUUUUGUAUUUCAUGAAGAUAGACCACGAGCUUUACUGAUACAGUCCUCCAUCUACUAAAAACGCGCACAGGAACUGCCUAGAUAACCGGAUUUGGCGAUCCGCACCCGGUUAUAUCUCCGGAUUUCUUGCAUUUUGGAAAGGACAACAUUGCAACUGUUUGGCCGAUGCACCUCGGAGUUGGGGCGCCCAUGAGAGAGUGCACGUACAGUGAGAUCAGCACGCGCAGCUCGUCGCCCAUGGAGACCCCGCACAAGAAGAGGGUCCCCACGAGGAAGUGGCAAGCCUUCCCCGGGCGGAAUAAGUUCUACUGCAAUGGACGGAUCAUGAUGGCGCGGCAGACCGGUGUCUUCUACCUCACACUGGUCCUCAUCGUGGUCACCAGCGGGCUUUUCUUCGCUUUCGACUGCCCCUUCCUGGCUUCCAACCUGACCCCCGCCAUUCCCGUCAUCGGAGGGGCUCUGUUCAUCUUCGUCAUGGGCAUGCUGCUCAGGGCCAGCUUCAGCGACCCCGGCGUCCUGCCCCGAGCCACGCCCGACGAGGCCGCCGACCUGGAGAGGCAGAUAGACGCAGACAACGGCCCCAUUUCAGGGGGGUACCGUCCUCCCCCCAGGACCAAGGAGGUCGUCAUCAAUGGCCAGACGGUCAAGCUGAAGUACUGCUUCACCUGCAAGAUCUUCAGACCCCCCCGAGCCUCUCACUGCAGUCUGUGUGACAACUGUGUGGAACGCUUUGACCAUCACUGCCCCUGGGUGGGUAACUGCGUGGGGAAGAGGAACUACCGCUUCUUCUACCUCUUCAUCCUCUCGCUGUCCUUCCUCACCAUCUUCAUCUUCGCCUUCGUCAUCACACACGUCAUCCUGCGGUCCCAUCGAACAGGUUUCCUCAGCGCACUCAAAGACAGUCCGGCUAGUGUGCUGGAGGUGGUGGUGUGUUUCUUCUCUGUCUGGUCGAUCGUGGGCCUCUCCGGAUUCCACACCUACUUAAUCAGCUCCAAUCAGACGACCAAUGAAGAUAUCAAGGGGACCUGGUCGACGAAACGAGGGAAGGACAACUACAACCCCUACAGCUACGGCAGCAUCUUCACCAACUGCUGCGCCGCCCUGUGCGGGCCCAUUCCGCCGAGUCUCAUCGACAGGAGAGGCUUCAUCCAGCCGGACACCCCCCAGCCCCUCCCCCACGCCAACGGAAGCACGGUGUACGGCUCCACACAGACCCAGACCCACAUGUGUGACCAAGACCAGUGCAUUCAGAGCACCAAAUUCGUUUUGCAGGCCGCAGCCACUCCUCUGCUUCACAGCGAGCCGGUCAUGAUGGGCGGGGAAGCCCCCCUCGCGGGCAGGACGUCCUUUGCGGGUCACUGCGCCUCCUUGGCCACAAGCCACCCCACCCCACCCACCUCCACCAGCAGCCUGUGCUGGGAGGGGGACCAGGACAGCCACGCCCAUGCCCACCUCCACCCGCACCCUCACCCUCACGCGCACCCCCACCCCCACCACCACCUGCGGAGCCCCGAGGAGGUGCCCUCCCCCCCCGGCAUGCUGCCCUACAGCCAGCCCCCCCAGCUGUACGACCCCGCCAGCCUGGACUCGCUCCACGAGGACUCUGUCAGAGGCCUGGUGAAACUCAGCUCCGUCUGAGCCCCCUGCCCCUCCCCCGCAGGGACAGGCCGCUCGGACCGAUCUUCCACAGAAGAUCAACACCUCCAUCUGCACUCUACUCACCCUCAUCACCUCAUACUCAUCUCAGAUUAGACAGUUUUCCGGCACAAACCACCUCCAAACACCUCCUCCUACAGGGACGCCAUCCCUGUGCUUCUGAGGGCUGUCAGGAUGAAUAUGGAGAAAUUGUCUAACGACAGGAAUACUACAGUCCAAGGGGUCGCAAGAAAUGAACUAUGAGAAACACUGCCUAUUAAAAUGCAAGACUCCCCAACACACGCACACACACACAUACACUUACACACACA